AUGACUCUCACCGUCAAAGGGUCAGCUUCACAGAGCGAGCGCAAGAUAUUGGUGGCUAUUGACUUCGGUACAACGUACUCAGGGGUUGCGUGGGCACAGACUGCAAGACCGGAGAUUCAAACCACCGUCAUCCAGUGGCCCGAUGGCACUGAUGCACUAGAAGGUGUUACAAACGACAAAGUACCUACUGAGCUCGCCUAUGAUGAUAAUGCAGGCUGCAAAUGGGGAUUCGAGAUUCCUGAAGGCAAGCAACGGUAUCAAUGGUUCAAGCUCGAACUGGACCCCAAGAAGUCCAAAGAGACUUCAUACCUCACUGUGGAGUAUCCCGACCCAAACGCACUCCCCACAAAUUACAUCAAGACGGCUGAAGUUCUUUCCGUUGACUAUCUUACUCAUCUACGUGAGCACAUCAUAAAGGUUCUGAAAACAAAAGUGGGUGAAGGUGUGAUUGCCUCUACGAGAAUCGAGUACAUCAUUACUGUGCCCUCUGAUGCAGCUAAAUUUAGCACUCGAUCUUGUGCUAAGCGUGCUGGUAUGGGUGGCGACCUUCAGAUUGUUUCAGAGCCCGAGGCUGCGGUCAUCUACGCCCUUGAUGCCAUGGAUCCGGAGACCUUAAAGGCUGGCGACAAAUUCGUCUUGUGUGAUGCAGGAGGAGGCACGGUUGAUCUUAUCUCUUACACCAUUGAAGAACUCAAACCCGUCGUCAAGAUCAGCGAGGCGGCGCCGGGCAGUGGAGCAGCUUGUGGCAGUACCUUCCUGAACCGCAUUUUCCGCAGAUACCUCGAAACAACCUUCUCUGAUAACGAUGGUUGGGACGACGAUACUUUGGGGGGAGCCCUGGAGCGAUUCGAGACAAUUGCUAAGCGUAGGUUCAACGGCGACCAAGAAGACGUUGUAAUACCGGUCCCGGGCUUGACCAAUGACCGCAGCAAAGGCGUCAUGCGUGGGAAGCUUACCAUGUCCGCUUCGACACUCCGCAACAUCUUCGAGCCCAUUGUCACUACUAUCACUGCGCUGGUGACAUCACAGAUCAGAGCUACCGGUGAUGUGAAGGCUGUCCUUCUUCGUUCAGGUUAUUCAGCCUGCGAAAGGGUGACUGCCGUGGUUCGUGGUGCUCUUAUCAAAGCCCUGGCACAAGCAUCUCCAGAGGCUUCCAGAAUCACAAUCGGAUCACGGGUUGCUCGAAAAGCUUAUGGCUUUGAGGUAAACGUAGCAUUUGAUCCGGCUAAGCACCAGCAGUCACGCAAAUUCUGGAACGAGUGUCAUGGUAUGUAUCGCAUCAAUGUGGUAGACUGGCUGGUCAAGAAAGGCGAUGCAAUUAAAGAAACUGAACCUGUUGUCGUCAACUACAUUGACUCGAAGAUGGUUGGUUACGGCCAGCUCUCCAGCAUUAGAUGCAACCUCUACUCCUUCGAGUGCCCAACCAAUCGCAACCCUCCUCUGCAUGUAGAUCAAGGCGCCAAGUUGCUCGUCACUCUGACUGCCAAUCUCUCUUCGAUUCCAACAAAGGAGAUGCCGAAGCACACUGGUGCAGAUGGUCAGACGUACUUCCACUGCAGCUUCGAGAUUCGAGUCACCUUCCAUUCCGCUCACACUACCUAUUCUUUGUGGUACAACAACAAGUGCUACGGGGCAGUGGAUGCCGAGUACGCCUGA